CUACGGGCCUUAUAUUUGGGUGUCCAGAGCCGUUGGCACCAUGAACACAAACGUCGCCAUUUUUAUUGGAGAAUGAUGUUUGAGACUGCAGAUGUCAACAUGUUGCGGCUGUUAGAGACCUUCCUAAAGAGCGCACCCCAACUUGUCCUGCAGCUAUGCAUCAUGGUACGGAGGAACCAGAUUGAACCAUUGCAGGGUCUCUCAGCAUCAGCUUCACUGGUAUCCCUUGCGUGGAUGAUUGCUUCUUACCAGAAGAUGCUUCGGGACUCUCGCGAUGACAAGAUGCCCAUGUCGUACAAAGCUACAGUUAUACAGAUGCUCUGGCACCUCUUUACUAUUGCAGCCCGGGCCAUUGCAUUUGCCCUGUUUGCUUCUGUGUUACAGCUCUAUUUUGGGAUCUUCGUUGUUACUCAUUGGUGUGUUAUGACCUUCUGGAUCAUCCAAGGAGAGACUGAUUUCUGCAUGUCAAAAUGGGAGGAGAUCAUCUACAAUAUGAUGGUGGGAAUAAUCUACAUUUUCUGCUGGUUCAAUGUCAAAGAGGGACAAACUAGGUAUCGGAUGUUUAUCUACUAUUUUAUCACACUGUCAGAAAAUGCUGCCCUGACGGUGCUUUGGUAUAUGAAUCGGGGACCCCGUAUUGCAGACUUCUAUGCCUUAAUUAUUGUCUGUGUGGUUGUCAGUAGCUUUGCUCUUGGAAUGUUCUUCAUGUUUGUCUACUACUGCCUGUUGCACCCCAAUGGACCAAUGUUUGGGUCUCAGGUAGGCUGUGUGUAUACUGAAGACCAGAAUGCUUGUGUGGGCCUUUCUACAGAGGUCAUCACAACUCCCCCAAGAUCUCUACAGAGGACUACACAUGGGGAGAGGGAACUGGCACCAGGGGACAGAGAUAGCUGUAUUCCUGUUUUUCAGGUCCGACCAACUGUUCUUGCAACCCCAGUUCCCCGAACAUCACGAACAGAAGGACCUGUAAUUAGAAUCGAUUUACCCAGGAAGAAGUAUCCAGCUUGGGAUGCUCAUUUCAUUGAUAGAAGACUAAGAAAAACCAUAUUAGCUUUGGAAUAUGUUUCCCCAGCCACCCCCCGCUUGCAGUACAGAAGUAUUGGUGUUACAUUAGAAGUGUUGGAGUAUGAAACCACAGUAUAACUGAAUGGGGGAAACAAAAGAAAAAUUAAAUUGCAACCUGCAUAAACCCUGCUGUUUUAGGGUUUAGGCAAACAGUUAUGGAAUGGUGCAAGGUCGAGGUCAAAAAGGUGAUGACCUUGCUGCUCCAGAUAUGGUGCAAAGUGCUGCAAAACCCAGCUGCAGCCUAAAAAGUAAUGAGUUGUGUGAAGAUGUUAUCAAGUAGAGCACCAUAAGUCUAUUAGAGAGGGGUGGCCAGAUUUGUUUUAUGCAUCUGAAUACCACUGGGUGGUUUUAGUAAAAGGAAAAAAAUAAUAAUUUUCUUUGUAUCAGCUGCAAAGAAAACAUAAGGGGUACUUGUAGGUCCCAUGUAGUGAGGCUGCAAUUCAAGAAAGACUUUUAAUGAAGUGUCGUAAGCAAGUCUGCAUGGAAAUGCAAGAUGUUACUCUACUUUCUCUCUCUCUCUCUCUCUCUUGGUCCAUUUCUACAAAUGUUAAUGCUACCUAAUUAAAAACAACAACAACAUACCUUGGGAGUUUCCAUUUGUUGACCCAGGCAUAUACAAUGCCAAGACAUAUUUUUAUUUGCCAUAAUAAUAAUAAGAUAAAAAUAUAAAAAAAUUAUAAAAAUUGAAAGUGCCACUGUCCCUUUCAUGACAACUAACGUGGGCAUAAAACAAACUCUGAACUCUCUCACAAAGAGAUUUUGAUGGCUUCUGCCGCCAGUGUUUUAUGCAUUUUCAGAAUGUUAUUUUUUAGACAACAGAUUUUUUUAACAGAUGAAAUAAUUUUGUCAUUGAAUAUUUAGUAAAAGUGUCCAGUUUUACUCAAGAGCUUGUUUAUGAUGAAAGAGGCCUUUCAUUAACCAUAUUCAUGGUGUUCUGUAUAUACAUUCAUUUUAAUGUAUUGUUUCUCAACAUAACAUGGGAUAGUGGCAGUGUAAGCCUUUCUUAAGAGUGCAGAAGAAAAUGAUUACGGUCAUACUAAAUUUUACAAAUGAUUACGGUUGUACUAAAUUUUACAAUGCUGCUUAAUACAUGAACUAGA